GAUGUAAGUUCAGCCUUGCAGUGUCGUAUCGGAAUCGUGCCACGUUUGCCCACGCAAGCGUCUAUUCGAAACAGGGCCUGAUGUGUCAGACUCGACAAAUUCCUUUUCAGGCGAGAAGUGGCGAAGAUAGGCGUGAGUGGCCAGGAAAGGAAAGGCGCUCUUUUCCGGGGCGUUUGCCCUCGCCACCGCCCAUGGCGAGCAGACCAGGCACCCACGUCCUCGGUCGCUUUGGUUUACUCUCAACCGCCCUCGUACUUAUGAGAGUCUUCUUUUACUGUCCUCGUCGCCCCUCUAUGGUGCUCUGUGUCUCUUUUCUCUCAUGUGGCCGCGCGCCACCAGGUCAGGGGGUGAAGAUUGUGUUAUGAUAAUGGCGGUUUUCUCUCGUGCCGAAGCACCCCCAAAACUGUCGGGUUGCCACUCAUGCUAUCCGAAGACGACGGUGGAUCCGAUUCACUGCAUUGUAUGGUCGCUAUAAGUAGUGGAACUGGUGCGAGGUGAGCCAUUUCAGUCCGGACGAGCGCAUCU